AUGGCAGCUUUUCAGACCACUCUGUGGAGGUGGAUUUCUGGGAUCUUAGGAGUAAUGUGCUUUUUGUUGAUGGCUGCUUUGGGAAUUGUGUUGAAAAACUAUUUUGAUCUACCAAGUAGUGAGCCAACAGUUUCUCCAGGAACCACCAUUGAAUUCCAGGAAGACUCUGGAUACAGUUCUUGCCAAGAAAGAUGGAUUGGCUAUAAGUGCACCUGUUACUUUAUUUCCCGUGAAUUGAAAACUUGGGAAGAAAGUAGAGAUUUCUGUGAUUAUCAUAAUUCUACUCUGCUUCGCAUGCACAACAGAGAUGAAUUGAACUUUAUGAAGUUCAGUGGAAACUUUUACUGGAUUGGAGUCACCUACAGUGAAGAGCACUAUAACUGGGUAUGGGAGGAUGGCUCUAAAAUCUCCCCGGAUCUGUUGUUAAUAUCUCAAACUGCAGAACCAAGGUAUUGCAUAGCAUACAGGCCAAGUGGCACUACUUUUAAAGAUCGCUGCACAGAGAAAAACCAUUAUAUCUGUAAACGACAACUGAUUUAG